AUGGAACCACCAGAAAAUUACAGCACAGACACUUCUUUUGCCGUACCUUUUGAGGAUGCCCAGAAGAUAAUUCUGAGGUGGGACUCAACUGCAUCAGAAGAAGCAAGAGAAAGAAUGAUCUUUGAUGGAGAUCGUCAAGAGGUGGAUCUAUACUUACAAGCUGUUGAUGAAAUCCAAAAGUCUAUGUCAUCAACUUCAAUAUCAUCACCUUCAUCUGAUCAUCGUGACCAAGAUAAUAAUGAUAGUAACAAAGUCAACUCUGCUAUACAGAUCGCCAUGGCUAGACUUGAAGAUGAGUUCCGCAAUAUCCUUAUAAACAACACAAGCCCUGUUGAAGUAGACUCUCUUGUCGUUUCUGAUCAUGCUUCUGCUUCUGCUUCUGCUGCUUCUUUGAGCCAUAAUACUAGUUCGUUAAGAAGCAGUGAUGAAUUUGAUCGGGAGGAAGUUGGUGGUGGUGGUGGUAGCGGUGAUCACGGUGAUGCUUUAGAUCCUAUACAUCGUGCAGAUUCGAGUAAUAGUAGUGCUAGUUAUCGAUCUACGAGUAGUAUUCGUGAGAUAGAUCUGAUUCCCCAAGAAGCUGUAGCAGACCUUCAGUCCAUAGCUAGACGGAUGAUCUCUGCAGGGUACUUGAGAGAGUGCAUUCAGGUUUAUGGGAGUGUGAGAAAAUCAGCUGUGGAUGCGAGUUUUCGGAGACUUGGGAUUGAGAAGUUGAGUAUUGGGGAUAUUCAGAGACUGGAAUGGGAAGCUUUGGAGACCAAGAUCAGGAGGUGGAUUCGGGCGGCCAAGGCUUGCGUUAGGAUAUUGUUUGCCAGUGAGAAGAAGCUUUGUGAGGAGAUUUUUUAUGGGAUUGGUACUGCUAUUGAUGAUGCUUGUUUUGUGGAGACUGUCAAGGGUCCGGCUAUUCAAUUGUUUAAUUUCGCCGAGGCAAUUAGUAUUAGCAGGAGAUCUCCUGAGAAAAUGUUCAAGAUUUUGGACUUACAUGAUGCUUUGAUGGACUUGUUGCCUGAUAUUGAGGUUGUUUUUGAAUCAAAAUCUGCUGAUUCCAUUCGAGUUCAGGCUGCUGAGAUUUUGUCAAGAUUGGCUGAGGCUGCCAGGGGGAUUUUAUCAGAGUUUGAGAGUGCUGUUUUGCGUGAGCCUUCGGUGGUUCCCGUGCCUGGGGGGACAAUUCAUCCAUUGACAAGGUAUGUGAUGAAUUAUAUCUGUUUGAUUUCGGAUUAUAAGCAGACCUUGAUUGACCUUAUUAUGUCAAAACCAUCAACUGGGUCAAGAUAUUCGGGUGAUCCAACUACACCUGAUAUGGAAUUCGCUGAACUUGAGGGGAAAACCCCUUUAGCCCUUCACUUGAUUUGGAUUAUUGUGAUUUUGCAAUUCAAUUUGGAGGGCAAAUCCAAGCACUACAAGGAUGCAUCAUUGGCCCAUCUGUUUAUGAUGAACAAUGUUCACUAUAUUGUUCAGAAGAUUAAAAGAUCACCAGAAUUGAGAGAAAUGAUUGGAGAUGAUUACUUGAGAAAGCUAACCGGGAAAUUCAGGCAGGCGGCAACUAGUUACCAGAGAGCAACUUGGGUAAGUGUUUUGUAUUGUUUGAGGGAUGAGGGGUUACAUGUAAGUGGGAGUUUCUCUUCUGGUGUCUCAAAGAGUGCUUUGAGAGAGAGGUUUAAGACCUUCAAUGCUAUGUUUGAGGACGUUCACAGGACUCAAGCAACAUGGUUGAUUCCGGAUUCUCAACUUAGGGAGGAGCUUCGAAUUUCUAUAUCUGAGAAGUUGAUCCCAGCUUAUAGGUCGUUUCUUGGACGGUUCAGGAUCCAUAUAGAGAGUGGAAAGCACCCGGAAAAUUAUAUAAAGUAUUCAGUGGAGGAUUUAGAGAGUGCUGUCUUGGAUUUCUUCGAGGGUUAUCCUGUGUCUCAGCACCUGAGGAGGAGAUCUCAGUGA